AUGGCGUCCAAUAGUGUUGAUUCGGCAACGCAGCCAGCUGUUAGCCUGACUUCGUUGCGCCAUGAUAAGAGCGAAGCGCCGAAUGCCGACAACGUUAUAAAUGUGGAGCACGAUGAAGAAGGUAGUAUGAAACAUGUUGAUGCUGAUUCGACGCCUGUAUCUGCUCGCGAGCAUGCCUUUGCCGAACUCGGAAUCCCAAAUUGGGAAGAGUUGGAGAAGAAGGUUGUUCGUCGGCUUGAUAUGACCCUUUUGCCAACGCUUUGGCUUCUUUAUGUCUUCAAUUACCUUGACAGAGCCUCCCUUGGGCAAGCUCGCCUGAGUACUCUUGAUGAAGAUCUUCGAUUAGAGGGAUCGCAGUUUGGCUCUGCUGUGUCUAUCCUCAGCGCUGGAUAUGUUCUCGGUCAGGUUCCCUCCAACAUGAUCAUUGGCAAGAUUCGGCCGAGUCUAUACCUUCCCGGUAUGGCCAUUCUAUGGUCUGGGGUUUCAGCUGCCGUUGCUGGAGUCAAGACUUACGAGGGUCUCUUGGCCGUUCGUUUCUUCCUCGGUUUGGUUGAAGCACCCCUCUUCCCUGGUGCUAUCUACGUAAUGUCGAGCUGGUACACCCGUCGAGAGAUCGCGGUCCGCAUUGCCAUCAUGUCCACUGGAGUCUCUCUGGCCAACGGGUUAUCGGGUCUGAUCGCCGCAGCAGUCUUCACUACACUUGAGGGUGCACGUGGUGUCGCCGGUUGGCAAUGGCUUUUUAUUGUUUUGGCUCUGUUUGGGUCAGCAUUUGCCUUUGCCGCUGUGUUCCUACUACCUGACUACCCUCAGUCCAAGAGUGGAAGUGCCAUGUGGACUAUGACGGAGGACAUGCGUAAGGUUGCCCAGGUCCGAAUUAUCGCCGAUAGAGUCUCCGAAGUUGAGAUAAAGUCUACCAUUUGGACUGGUGUCAAGCUUACAGUCAUCGACUAUAAGUUCUGGCUCCUUACUGGUGUCAACAUCGCCAUCUCGGCUGCUUACGGUUUCUCCAACUUCUAUCCAGCUAUUGUCCGUGGGUUGGGCUAUGACAGGAUCACGGCACUUCUUCUCACUUUUCCACCGUACUGUGUCGCUGCGGCUACGUCCAUUGCUGUAGCUUGGAACUCUGAUCGUGUUGGAGAGCGUGGAUGGCAUUUUUCGACUCCUAUCGCCGUUGGUCUCGCUGGCUAUGUCAUCUGCAUGAUUACAACGGCGACUGUUCCUCGAUACUCAGCUUCGUAUCUGUUUAUUGGAGGCCUGUUCGGUGCCAACCCUCUGAUUCAGACGUGGCUGUCUACUACCCUAGCCCGUACUCCGGAGAAGAAGGCUGUCUCUGUGGCCCUCUGUAACGUUCUCAGCCAGAUUGGCAACGUUAUAGCGCCGUUCUUCUUCAUUGACUCGGAUGAGCCUCGAUACCGCCUGGCAUUUAUCCUCAUGUUUCUCAUGGGUAGUCUUUGUAUCACCUUUGCUUUGACCCUCAAGUACUGCCUCUGGAGGGAAAACAAGAGAUUGUACCGCGAGGCACAGGAGAAUGGAACUCCUUACAUGCCGUAUCUGCAGUAG